AGGGGGGGCCUUCUGCGCUCUGGGGGCCGGAUGCGUUUUAGCCGGUGCUGCGGUUCGUGCUGCAAGGCUAGCGAGGGUGCCCCGACGGCCCAGACCAUCCACUCCAAGGGGUGACUAGGGGUCUCAGUCGGGGAGAAAGCCCUUAAAGGCCGAGACUUUUUUUUCCCUCCCUGUCUCCGCCCCCUUUCGGUAUUUCGUGGCCUGGGCUUCCUGACCACCGAGGGGGAGGGGAGCUCGACGGGAGCCGGGGGGCGGAGCUAAGGGAAAGCCGAACGUGAGGGGCGGGAAUUAGACCAGCUGCGCACGCGCGCCGCGCGAAUGUGUUUGUGUUUUUGCGUGUGUGUCUAUGUAUGUAUGAAACUGGAAAGGGACCUGUGUGCAAGAAGAUGAGUGAACAUACGAUGCUCUCCUCUCGGUGGUAGCAGACAUUUUUGCCGACUGCUGACCCUUAGCAGCCUAUUCCAGGAGAGCUUUGGUUCUAGCCUUUGACUCGUUUCCACAACAGGAGCAGGCAUAAAAACCUUAUAUUGUCAUCUUGUUACCUGCUUUUUUGUUCAUAUCUUUGAUCAUCAGAAGUUGCAAAGAAAAAAAAAGGUUUAAAAAAAUGAAAAUUUUUUCUGAGUCUCACAAAACGGUAUUUGUUGUGGAUCAUUGUCCCUAUAUGGCAGAAUCAUGCCGACAACAUGUAGAAUUUGACAUGUUGGUGAAAAAUAGGACCCAAGGAAUCAUACCACUGGCACCCAUAUCUAAAUCAUUGUGGACUUGCUCAGUAGAAUCCUCCAUGGAAUACUGCAGGAUUAUGUAUGAUAUAUUUCCUUUCAAAAAACUGGUGAAUUUCAUUGUUAGUGACUCGGGACCUCAUGUUUUAAAUUCUUGGACUCAGGAAGACCAGAAUUUGCAGGAGUUAAUGGCUGCAUUAGCUGCUGUUGGACCACCUAAUCCUCGUGCAGAUCCAGAAUGCUGCAGUAUCUUGCAUGGUCUGGUUGCAGCAGUGGAAACUCUUUGCAAAAUUACUGAAUAUCAACAUGAGGCUCGCACUAUGCUGAUGGAGAAUGCAGAACGUGUUGGAAAUAGAGGACGAAUAAUCUGUAUUACUAAUGCAAAAAGUGAUAGUCAUGUACGAAUGCUUGAGGAUUGUGUUCAAGAAACCAUUCAUGAACAUAACAAACUUGCUGCUAAUUCAGAUCAUCUUAUGCAGAUCCAAAAGUGUGAAUUAGUUUUGAUUCAUACGUACCCAGUUGGUGAAGAUAGUCUUGUGUCAGAUCGUCCUAAAAAGGAGUUAUCUCCAGUUUUAACCAGCGAAGUGCAUAGUGUUCGAGCAGGACGGCAUCUUGCUACUAAAUUGAACAUUUUAGUACAGCAACACUUUGAUUUGGCUUCUACCACUAUUACCAAUAUACCAAUGAAGGAAGAACAACAUGCCAAUACAUCUGCCAACUAUGAUGUGGAAUUACUUCAUCAUAAAGAAGCCCAUGUAGAUUUCUUAAAAAGUGGUGAUGUUCACUUGGGAGGCAGUAGUAGAGAAGGCUCAUUUAAAGAAACAGUAACACUUAAAUGGUGUACACCAAGAACAAAUAAUGUUGAAUUACAUUAUUGCACAGGAGCAUAUAGAAUUUCACCUGUAGAUGUGAACAGUAGACCUUCCUCCUGCCUUACUAACUUUCUUCUGAAUGGUCGUUCUGUUCUACUGGAACAGCCACGAAAAUCAGGUUCCAAAGUCAUUAGUCAUAUGCUUAGUAGCCAUGGAGGAGAGAUUUUUUUGCACGUCUUGAGCAGUUCUCGAUCCAUUCUAGAAGACCCUCCUUCAAUUAGUGAAGGGUGUGGUGGGAGAGUUACAGAUUACCGGAUUACAGAUUUUGGUGAAUUUAUGAGGGAAAACAGAUUAACUCCUUUUCUAGACCCCAGAUAUAAAAUCGAUGGAAGUGUUGAGGUCCCUUUGGAACGAGCAAAAGAUCAAUUAGAAAAACAUACUCGUUAUUGGCCUAUGAUUAUUUCACAAACCACCAUCUUCAACAUGCAAGCAGUAGUUCCAUUAGCCAGCGUUAUUGUCAAAGAAUCCUUAACAGAUGAAGAUGUGUUAAACUGUCAGAAAACAAUAUACAACUUAGUUGAUAUGGAGAGAAAAAAUGAUCCCCUGCCUAUUUCCACAGUUGGUACAAGAGGAAAAGGCCCCAAAAGAGAUGAGCAGUAUCGUAUUAUGUGGAAUGAAUUGGAAACCCUUGUCAGAGCUCAUAUUAACAACUCUGAGAAACAUCAACGGGUCUUAGAAUGUCUGAUGGCAUGUCGGAGCAAACCCCCAGAAGAAGAAGAGCGGAAGAAACGAGGAAGGAAGAGAGAAGAUAAAGAAGACAAAUCAGAGAAAGCAACGAAAGAUUAUGAGCAAGAGAAGUCCUGGCAAGAUUCAGAGAGAUUAAAAGGAAUUUUAGAACGUGGAAAAGAAGAAUUAGCUGAAGCAGAGAUUAUUAAAGAUUCUCCUGAUUCUCCAGAACCUCCAAACAAGAAGCCUCUUGUUGAAAUGGAUGAAACUCCACCUGUAGAAAAAUCCAAAGGCCCAAUGUCCUUGCUGUCUUUGUGGAGUAAUAGGAUUAAUACUGCCAACUCCAGGAAGCACCAGGAAUUUGUUGGUCGUUUGAAUUCUGUCAACAAUAGAGCUGAAUUAUAUCAACAUCUUAAAGAGGAAAAUGGAAUGGAGACAACAGAAAAUGGAAAAGCAAGCCGGCAGUGAGCAGUGACUUGAAGAACUAAACCUUAGUAUAUGGCAUAAACUGUUUUAUGCUAGAUUUGAUACUAGUACUUUUUCAGCAAGAUUGUAUAGUUACCAUGCCUGGACUGGUUUUUACAAUUUUAUAAAUUUCAUCUAAUUCGAUCUUUUUUGUACAAAAUAUAGAACUGGCACAUGAUAAGUGAAGGAUUCACAGAUGGGAUUUGUCCUACAAAUCAUAGAUGCAUUUUUAAAGUAAAGAGCAUUCCUUUUGGAAUUGUUAAAGAUGGUCUUGUACUUCUCUUUGCCAAAUAAAAUUGUUAAAAAUAUCUUUAAAAUAAAAUAUUGGAGAAUUUUUAAAAUUUAAAAA